UACGGUAUUCUGGUCUUGUAAAGUUCAUUAACACACCUUCCAGAUAAAUCCUCUCCUUCUCAUUCUUUAGCUACUAAUAUUCAUUGCAACUGAAUUGUGAUAAAUUCUUUCAAACCAUAUCGAAGAGCAAAUUAAGUUACAACAGAAUCAAAAGCAUGGGGGUGGAUUACUAUAAGAUUUUGAACGUUGACAAGAAUGCGACAGAUGAAGAGUUGAAGAAAGCAUAUAGAAAGCUUGCCAUGAAAUGGCACCCUGAUAAGAACCCCAACAAUAAGAAAGAAGCUGAGACCAAAUUCAAACAGAUUUCCGAAGCCUACGAGGUUCUAAGUGAUCCACAAAAGAGAGCAAUAUAUGAUCAAUAUGGAGAAGAAGGGCUUAAAGGGCAAGUGCCACCACCUUCAGAUGCUGGUGGUGCUUCAUUCUUCCAAAGUGGAGAUGGCCCAACAACAUUUAGGUUCAAUCCAAGAAACGCCGACGAAAUCUUUGCCGAGUUUUUCGGGUUUUCGAGCCCAUUUGGAGGUGGAAGUGGAAUGAAAGGUGGGUCUAGAUCCUUUGGUGGAAUGUUUGGUGAUAAUGUAUUUUCUUCAUUUGAUGAAGGUCAUAGGUCUAUGCGUCAAGGUCCUCGCAAGGCACCUCCUAUUGAAAAUGCAUUGCCUUGUAGCCUUGAGGAUCUUUAUAAAGGGACCACUAAAAAGAUGAAGAUCUCAAGGCAAAUUGCAGAUGCAAGUGGGAAAACUUUACCUGUGGAGGAAAUCCUAACAAUUGAAAUCAAACCAGGAUGGAAAAAGGGGACAAAAAUCACAUUCCCUGAGAAAGGAAAUGAACAGCCAAAUGUGAUAGCAUCAGAUCUUACAUUCAUUAUUGAUGAGAAACCACACACUGUAUUCACAAGAGACGGUAACGAUCUAGUUGCAACGCAGAAGAUAUCGCUAGCAGAAGCUUUAACAGGCUACACCGUUCGACUCACAACACUAGAUGGCAGAGUUCUUACCAUUCCUAUAAACAAUGUGAUUCAUCCAAACUAUGAAGAAGUUGUUCCAAGGGAAGGUAUGCCAAUUCCAAAAGAUCCUUCAAAGAAGGGCAAUCUUAGAAUCAAAUUCAACAUCAAGUUUCCAACAAGGUUGACAUCAGAACAGAAAGUUGGAAUCAAGAAACUUCUGGCUCCAUAGUGGACUCACAAUCAAGUCAUGUGAAGUGUGUAUAGUUACACUUCUUCCAAUAUGCUCUUAGUUUUGUUACUCCUCAACUAUUUUGUAGGAUUUUUCUUUAUUUGUUUAUGGAGUUUGUGUAUGAUAUGAUGCACACUCUCAAGGUUGAGGAAUCACAUUUUGAACCAAAUAGUUGAUUUAGAGUCCCUCAAAUUGAUAUGGUUUGAAGUAUGCAUUGUUGAAACUUUUUACAUGAAAUUUAUGUAAUUAAUUUGAAAAUGAAAAUGUAAAAUCCUAUCAAUUGAAAUCUAAAUUUAAUACGAGAAGAUGUAUACAAAGUAUACCAUAUCA